AUGGAGGUUGGUAUCGUCGGCGGAGAACUGGCCGCCGCCGGCGACUUCCCCUUCAUCGUCAGUCUGUCGAGAAGCGGUGGUAGCCACUUCUGCGGUGGCACCCUUCUGAACGCCAAUACUGUACUUACGGCGGCCCACUGCUCUGUGGGUCAGAGUGCCUCGAAUGUCCAGGUUCGCGCAGGAAGCAAGAAGCGGAACAGUGGUGGCACAAUCGUCGGGGUUUCUCGCAUCACUGUUCACCCAAGCUAUUCUUCUAGCACGUACAACAACGACGUCGCGAUCUGGCGUCUGUCGACUUCAAUCCCGACUAGCUCGACCAUCUCGUACGCCUCUUUGGCUGCGUCGGGCUCCGACCCUGCUGCCGGCUCUUCGGCAACCGUGGCUGGCUGGGGUACUACCACGGACGGUGGAUCAACCCUUCCCGUUGACCUGAGAAAGGUGACCGUCCCCAUUAUCUCUCGCGCGACCUGCCGGUCCCAGUACGGUACUUCUGCCAUUACCACCAGCAUGUUCUGUGCUGGCCUGACUGCAGGAGGUAAGGACUCAUGCCAAGGAGACAGCGGCGGUCCCAUCAUUGCAGGCACCUCUGGAGCUCUCAUCGGUGUCGUCUCAUGGGGUGAGGGUUGUGCUCAGCCCAAUCGCGCUGGAGUUUACGCUAGUGUUGGUAGCUUGUACUCUUUCAUCAGCAGCAACAUGUAG